AGAGUCUGAGAUGAACAAAGGCAAAUACUUAUCGCCCGAAGGCAAGAUGACCGUAGAUCAAGAAAUGAGGGAUGUUCAAGUUAGCGCAAUUCCUGUUGAAAGAGUGCAAGAAUGCGCGAAUGCAAUUGUGAACAGUGUGUGUCGUGGACAAAGGUGCUUGACAGAGCCAGCAUGGUAUAAAGUCAUAUAUAUGUGGAAGGUGUUCUGCCCUGAGCUACUCGAAAGGGGUUACAAAUUUUUCUACAUGGCUAGGCCUGGGGCUCCUGCUAAUGAAGCACCUAGCAAAGAUAUCUUGGACUACACUGGCGUGAAGAAUGUCCUGUACCCGGAGUCCCUCCACAAUCCUGAGAUCAAGACAGAUUGAAGCAACUGGGUUAUGGUUUCAGUUAUCUCUAAGCAAGUGUUUUUUUUAGGUCGUUUUGUAAAUAGGUGGGCUCUUUCGGUUCUGUUUGUAAAUAUUGGUAGCUAUCAGGGUGACAAUAAAGGAUUGGAUAUGUGUUGGUCUGUCAAAAUGACUAUGCCGUACGUGUAUGGGCUGUUUCAUAUAUAUAAUGUAUCAAAAUCUGAGUAUAAA